CCGGCGGCUGAGCACGCUGUUGCGUGAGGUGCUUCCCGUCUCUCUCGUGCGUGUCUGCCUCGUUCGGAGUAAAACCUCCUCUCGUCCAGCUCCGCCUCACCCUCAGUUUUCAGUUGACCAAAGAAAUGGUGAUGGAGAAGCCAAGUCCCCUGCUGGUUGGGCGGGAAUUUGUGAGACAGUAUUAUACUCUGCUGAAUCAAGCACCAGACUAUCUGCACAGAUUUUAUGGAAAGAAUUCUUCAUAUGUUCAUGGUGGCUUGGAUUCCAAUGGAAAACCAGCGGAUGCCGUUCACGGACAAUCUGAUAUCCACAAGAAAGUGCUGUCACUGAAUUUUAAGGAUUGCCGUACAAAGAUCCGCCACGUGGAUGCUCAUGCCACUAUUAACGAUGGUGUUGUUGUACAGGUCAUGGGUGAGCUGUCUAAUAACACUCAGCCAAUGCGGAGAUUCAUGCAAACUUUUGUCCUUGCCCCUGAGGGAUCAGUUGCAAACAAGUUUUAUGUCCAUAAUGACAUAUUUCGCUACCAGGAUGAAGUUUUUGGUGACUUGAAUGCUGAACCUCCAGAGGAAUCAGAGGAAGAGGCAGAAGAACCUGAGGAAAGGCAACAGACUCCAGAGGCAGUUGCUGAUGAUUCAGCAGCUUACUAUGAACAGUCUGUCAGCAGCAAUGAUUUGGAGGAGCAGCUAGAAGAAUCAGUUGUAGAACCGGAACCGGAACCAGAAGCUGAGGCUGAACAAGAGCCUGAAGUAGAAGUUCAAGAAGAAAAGCCUGAACUAGUGAUAGAGGAAGCAGCUCCUGAGGAAGCUAUUGAGAAGAGUCCUUCCCCGGUUCCUACCGAUCCAACACCUGUUGUUCAAGAAGACUCUAGAACAUCUUCAUGGGCAUCUGUGACAAGUAAGAAUUUACCACCCAGUGGAGCAGUUCCAGUAUCAGGCAUACCACCCCAUGUUGUCAAAUUGCCUACAUCACAGCCCCGUCCUGAAUCUAAGCCUGAAUCCCAAACUCCACCACAGAGACCUCAGCGGGACCAGAGGGUGAGAGAGCAACGGACAAACAUCCCGCUACAAAGAGGCCCUAGAACAAUACGGGAAGGAGAACAGGGUGACAUGGAAACCAGACGGAUUGUGAGGUACCCUGACAGUCACCAGCUCUUUGUUGGGAACCUUCCUCAUGACGUUGAUAAAUCGGAACUAAAGGACUUCUUUCAAAAACUUGCAAACUCUCUUGCAGGCUAUGGAAAUGUUGUAGAACUGCGUAUCAACAGUGGAGGAAAACUGCCUAACUUUGGAUUUGUGGUAUUUGAUGAUCCAGAACCAGUUCAGAAGAUCCUUGGCAAUAGGCCAAUCAUGUUCAGAGGAGAAGUGCGCUUGAAUGUAGAAGAGAAAAAAACACGAGCAGCCAGGGAGGGUGAUCGUCGAGACAACAGACCCCGUGGGCCUGGUGGCACCCGUGGGGGGCUGGGAGGUGGGAUUCGAGGCCCUCCACGUGGAGGAAUGUCUCAGAAACCAGGAUUUGCCACUGGAAGGGGCAUCGGGCAACGUCAGUGAUUAACGGAUGAUGAGAGGAGACAAACCCUUCUUCCUGCAGAUUUGUGAAUUUCAGCCUUGGGUAUCUUGGAAUGUGGUCCUACCCUGUUAUAGACUGCUACGUUUGAUACAAUUUUGGCUCAUUUUGUUUGUGUUUGGUUUUGUGAUUUUUCUUCCUAGUCCUUGUCCCAGACUCCAGCUUUGUGGAACAAUAUUUCAGGAAAAGUUGGAUUUUAGAAAGAAUUACCAAAUCCUUGCUCGCUCGCUGCAGACAUAUGGACUGGAUAUAUAUAUAUUUUUUUGGUACCAGUGAUUUUUCCUAAUGGAAGUGUGGCGCUUUUCUUCUUUUUCCUUACUGACAUGAGGUGCGCUUUAGUCAGUGGAAUUACCCUUUUUACCUGCAUGUGUUCUGGAGCCUAUAGGAAAAUCUAGCACCUGACAAACAUUUCAAGGGCAGGGAAAUCCGUAUACCCCUUGGGAGGUGGGGUCAUAGGACCUCUUCGUUCCCAGUCUGGAGAUGUUGCUGUUUGGAAAUCGACGUUACCCUUUUUUUUUUUUUUUGUGGCGUUGUAAAAGUGGAAUAAAGGGUAUUCAUAGAAUAUUUUCUUUUGGUACAUGAUCACGAAAAGGAAUUCUCACUACUGUUUUACCACUUACAAGGAUUGUGGGAUAGGUUUUAAAUGUCUAGAAAUUGACUCUUUAAAACACUCUUCCUGAACUUGUAAAAAAUUUUUUUUUAUUGAAAUAGGGACUUUUUCAUGUUUAGUUUGUAUUUGUAUUAAAACCGAAACAAAAUUGUUGUGCCUUCUAUUUAUCUCUCAUUCCAGUCUUGGCAAAUUGUUAAAAAAAUAAAAAAAGUAUAGAUUUGCUUUAUUCAGUUUUGGAGUAUGUUGAAAUCUUUCAUGAGAUUUUUGUCCCUUUCUCAUUGUCACAUGUUUUUAUAGUUGCACAGUUUUGUUUUUAAUAGCCUUAUAUAUUUGUGUAAUGCUUUUGAGGAGUUUCAGAGGCACAGCUAUGUGUUGACACUGUUAUUAGCUCUGAAGUGAGUGCCUUCCACAAUUACAUGACUGUGGGAAAUUAAAUCAUAAAUCUUUAUAAUAUGCACAUGUUCAAUUUACAAAGUAUGUUCCUAUGUGUUAAGACUUAGAUUGGCUUUAAAAUAAGCCAAACUAAUAAGGGGAAACGAUAAAGUCCAAUUUCUGAUAAUACCAAUUUUUCACUGUGAUUAUAUUCAUGGCAUUUGAUAAGCUAUGAAACAUCAGUCUUUGCUGAAUGUAUGUAAAAUAAAAUAAAAUAACAUUGCCUGCAGGCAAAUAGGAAAAUAAAAUUGUGGCUGUAGGGAAUGCCUGAUAGUCUUCUCCAUUAUAUAUUAAGACCAUCACACUGUGCAUGGCCUCUAGAAAACCAACUGCAGUACCUAUUUAAAAGCAGUAUGGCUGGUAAUAACCAUAUUUAGAAUACAGCUGAAUAUUGUUCAUGGACCACCAUACUAGAGAAUUUUUAAAAUUGCAAUUUUAUUGCGAUGGUGACACAUGGUGACAUGCUGCAUCUGAAUUCAGUUGUUAUUGGUAUUCUGCGGUUGAUAAAGGGGACAAAUUACCUUUUGAUAGUUUUAAACUUAGAUUUGUAAUUAGAGGAUUGGGGAGGGGGACUAAGAUUUAAGCUUAAGAGGCUGAUUUAGUAGCUGUCAUGAAUCAUGCUACAGCAUUUUGCUCUGGACUGAAAUAUGUUCCUUGAAUGUCCCUUUUAAUUUAAGUAAAUUGCAUUUGGUAUAUUAUUUAAACACAUGGCAGCAAUAUAAAUAAAAGCAAACUUCUAUCCAGUUGCAAUGAGAAAUUAAAAUUUGGAAAGGCCAUAAGCAAGUGUUAAGUAUUACCUAGUAAAUAGCUUGUAGAAGAAUACUGUUUAUGACAGUUGAUGAAGGAAAAGCCUUUAGAUUAAUAGCUACUGAUGGCUUUUAUUCUCCACUGAUCUAUACUGUGAUAUAUGAAUAUGUAUCAGAUUACAUGUUAAAAGGACUCCAUACUGAAUUAUUUUAAACAAAUCUGGUGUCUUCCCCCCUCCCUUUUCCUGCUUUCUGCACCCAAGUAGUACCACAUUCUAACAUUUCCUUGUAUGGUAUUUGUGCUUUCCUUGAUCAUUUUGCUUGCUCCUUUUUGCAUCUUUACUGUUCUUGAAUAAUAUUGUAAUCUAUAUGAACGAGAUGUUUUCAGUGUAUUCAGUUUCGUCUUUCUCCCUGUAGCCACAAAUUAUUUUAUCUUUUACUGUGCUUCCCAUACAAGACAUGUUUACUACCGAUAUCUCUCAGCUAAUGCUGUAUUAAAUGUGAACAAUUAGUUUUUGCUUACAUUUGGGCAAUAUUAGUGUGCAUUCCUAAAAUUUAGAGGUAACUUGUUGGAACUGCCAGUUAUUUUUCCAACCAAUGCAUUAAAUUUGGUGUCAACUGUAAACUCUUUGCUCAGCCCUAACUUCAGAUCAUUUGUGAACAGAGCUGGCUACUUUCCUGUCUUGUAAACAAUCACAGAGACAUUUUGUAAAAAACCAAAUAUUUCAAAACUAAUUGCUUCAUUGCCCUUUGGAUUUGUUUUAUCAUUUCUCUAAAAAAGCCAAACCCAACCCUACGCCUCAGUUCUUUAUUGUUUGUAGAAGUUUCUAUAACCCUUACUAGAAACCAACAAGUUUUGGCAAAGGCAUCUGCCUUACAUGGUAAGUAAUGAAGGAAGACAAAUAUUGAUCUGCAAUCUCCUUCUUAAGUAAUUCCUUAUCCAAUAUUUUAAUUAUCAUUCUAGCCAGGUUGCUGACGUGACUUCUGAUGUGUUAAAGGUCUGAUUAAUUGUACUCAACCUUUUUGCAUGCAUUCUAAAUUUACAUUUAUUUGGCUAAAUUUAAUUCUUUGUGGUUUCAACAAGCCUUCCAGUUUUUGAAGACCGCCUUUAGCAUCUAUGCCAAUAGCCUCAUGGACUAUAGUACAUUUUGCAGGCAUUUAUAUGUUAACUGUUCUUUAAAGAUUCUAGAAUCUAUUUGACUCUUUGGACUACUUUCCCUUGAAAUUCCCUUUUUACUGACUGAUCCUGAGUUUUCAGAACUUACCUCUUGAAAUAAAAUGUGGUUUAGUGAA